AUGGCUUUGGCAAGUUGGGCUUGGGCUUGGAUUUGCGCGGCCAUCCACGUCACAAAGCGGCACCCAACCGCCUAUCUUCGCGAAGGGCUACUGCGGAGGCCUUGGGUCGGCAACGCGUAUCGGCAGAGGCGCCUUGCAUUUGAUCUGGCAGCCGAGGCAUUCGAUAACAUGCUCAUUUCUUUGGUAACCUUUGCUAUGGAGUCCAAGCAGUCGAGCAACUGUUGCCAAAGUCUAGCUGGCACGCUUUUCACGGUACCCGGUGGCCUGCGCAGGUCGGAGAGUACAGUGGAGCCGCGAGAGGGCUCAGGCCACGAGAUAGGCACGUUGACAUUGAGCAGUGUCAAGAGGCAAGGAGGCACAGGAGCGAAGGAAGUUAGCGAGACUGUCAUCGACCUAAAGCAUGACUCCACCGUUGAUGGCAGGUUGAGCCUGCGCAUCGCUCAUCUCACCAGGUGGGGCGUUUGCAAGUGGGAGCGCCGCAGCUUGGGAACACUACGGCUGAUAACCUGA